AUGAAAAAAAGGAACUACGAAGAGGACAUCAGAUUCAAGGCCAAAUAGAGAUGUUAGACUAUAUCUGAAUGGGCAUUUAAAACGAUCGAAUCUGAAAGAGUACAAGAAACAAGAGCCAAGUCAUUAUUUAGUGGAUCCAUUAGGAUUCAAAAUCAACUUAUGUAUUCUAUCCAAUAACCGUAAAAACAACCCAAAAUAAUAAGCUCCAAGAGCAUUUUUAGAAAGAAUCCAAGACUUGGUCUUUCUCAAAAGCCUACGUCAUAGCAAUCAUCAAAAAUUUACAGGAAAUUGAUAGACCCCAAUUAAAUAACAAGGUCACUUGAUUAUUCUGAAUUAGAAGAGUCUUAAGCAAAUACAAGCAAGAGGAGAGUCCCAUAAAAUUAAAGACUCAAUCGAUAAUUUUAAGCAAUCUAUAAUAAAAUGAAAUUAAUUUUGGAUUCCUACAAUUAAAGAGAAAGAGUACUUUUGAAGUAGAUAGCUUCUUUGUAGGAGGAGAUUAUUUUUCUCAAAUAAACUUAAAAUUAAACAAUUUGA